AUUUCGCCUUCUCGUCCGUGGAUGGUUAUGGCAGACGGAUGUGAUGUAGAGGUGAUUGUGAAACUUGGUGGCUGUGCGGUUACACAGAAGAAUACAUUUGAAACUGUUAAACAUGAUGCGAUUCUAGCAGCGGCCAAGCUGGUGAAACAGAUAAAUGGGAAGUGCAUUGUCAUACAUGGAGCCGGGUAAGGUUCUUUUAAAUUCUUCGAUCGCGAUAUAUAUGCACCAAAAACGUAGGAUUUUAUGGUUUUGAUACAAUUUUAUGUGAAAAAUGUGAAUUUUGUAGCCUGUUGAAACAAAUCAUUGUAUACUUCCUGUUACUCGUCGUUAAAAAAUAGUAAAUAUUCCAGGACAAUCCACUUCAGGCCCCUUUCUUUCUCUGUGAAGCAGCCUCGGCGUUGCGUGACUGCCUUGACAGAGAGAUAUUUAUUUCUUUUAGUUGUUGAUUACGUUGUUUAGUUCAGUUCCCAUUGGGACCAUUAGAUCCUUUAUAAACCACUCCUCGUGAAUUUCACACCACUUGAAGCUGACCAGUUUACUCGUGGCUGCCUUUUUCGCUUUCUUAUGUAUGAGGUUUCUAUAGGUUUACCUAAGUUUAGUUUGUACUUGUAUGUUCGCAUCGCUUUUUUAAAAUGAUCUGACUCUGUUUAGUUUUUUAAUUUUUUGCUCAGCAUAACUUUUCAGCAUGCAUUUUUAAUCUAGCUUUUCUUAGUGCUCUGUUUCCGUAUUUUUUGCAUAUAUUCCUUGUUUUUGCUGUAACUUUCACUGGUAUUAUAAACUCGAUUGCUUGCGGCUCCCUCCACUUAUCAUUGUGUUGUUUUGUCUCUUCACACUUAUAACAGAAAUAUUUUCUAUUUGGCUGAGCAUAGUGAUAGAGAAUAGAAAGGGAUUUUUGAGGGCAUGCAGAUUCAUAUCUCCCCAUCACUAUAAAUCCCUCUUAUAAAUCCUGAUUACCACCGUAGAAGUGUAUCUGAGGUGAAAGGGUAGUCCCAGGGCACCCAGAGACCCCCUUUCAGGGAGUUUCCCAGUCACCCUUAUCAUUAGAAAUACUGUAAACCAUAUUUUAAGUGGAAAUUGCACUCUGUUUGCGUUAGUAUGUUCCCUUAUAUAAUCAACCUCAUUUCCAGGGCAUUUCAUUGCCCCACCCAUCCUGGUCAUUUUGGUAAUUUUUGCUUUUUUUUAUCCUUUUGGUUGUUUUGGUCACUUUGGUCAUAUUUGUCCAACCUUGUUCUCAGCAGAUUCUUUCAUCUGAGAAAAUCCGGGAAAGAGGUUGAUAUUUUGUAUUUGCUUCUGCUCCAUGUUUUAGUUCAUUUGGGCACUUCCAGGCUCAUGAAUAUGGGACAGCUAAUGGAUUCACUGCAGAUGAUCCUGCAAAAGCCCGGAUUGGAUUUGCAAAGACCAGACUUUCAGUUCACAAGGUAUAAAAUAAUCAUUAAAAAACUCUUAACAUUCACAGUUUCACAGUCAAAAUACUGAUGAGGUUCUACCUACAAUUAAAAGUAUUGUCCUGACUGCAAUAGUCUUGUUCUAUCCUUGUUGACUUUUUUUUGACAUUAGCAAUAUUAUUGUUGACAAAUCAGAAGAUGGUAGCUUUACAAAUCUGAUCCAUUUUUGUUUGCUCAACUGGAAUUCACCAUUUAACACACUUUAAUGGUAUAAAGAAGGUCUUAAUUAUAAGACUAAGAAGAAUAAUUUCUUAAAAUGUAAGUGUGCUUGUUUUCAAAACCUCUUUCCGAUAUACCAGCUACUGAUAUACCCUAUGAUUGGUCAAUUUGUGACAGUUUGAUAUUUCAACACGUACAUCAAUCAUUUGGCUUUGCGUGUCCAGAGUCUAACAAACGUGUGGAUCAUGUGAAACCCUCUUACACUGCACCUUUUGACGUUUUGACAUUUGACAUUUUGACAUGAGAAAUGGCUUUGCAGGAAGUGGGCGGGGCAGUCACCUUGAAUGAGGUAUUUGAAAAGAUGUUUACAGGCUCUCCCCUUCUCUCUUCCUGCUUUUUUUUGCCUCAUUCACUAUUUCACCGCCAGCUCACAUUUUUUGUUCGUCUGCACUGACCGAGAGCCUGAUAAGAGGCUACACCCAUCCCUGGCCCUUCCAAGAUAGAUCACAAGCCCACUCUAUACCUCCUCAAAUGGUAAGACAUAAUAGUUUUGUGUAACAGUUCAUAUUUGAUUCCUGUUUCAUCUUAUUUUUUAUGCAGUUACAUCACAUGAUCAUUGAAGUCUUUAUAGCUAACAACAUUCCAGCUUUGGGAAUUUCAGUAGGUAUUAAUCCUGCUAAAUAUUUUCUGCUGUAGAUAACAGAUGCUUUGGUUCAAUUUUGUGCCUGGUUCAACUUUUAUUUAUUAAUAUAUUUGUUUAGCAAUGUAUGAUAAUCAGUUUGAAAUAAAGAGAAUUUAAACCAAGAAAAAAACUGAAUUUAACUACCACAGAGACCCUGCAUGUCCUGCAUAAAUGCAAGGUAAGAAUCCAGGUGAAUUUCAUUAAGUAUCAAAAAUUAAUGUCAUCAUCAUCAUCAUUGUCAUUAUCUGUUUGUAUUAGCAAGGAAAAUUUUGGCAGGCCACAUAUUAUUUGCACUAUGCUUUAUUUUUGUUGUAGCCCUGUGGAUCCUGGCUGACAAGGGGAGGUAUUGUAACAAGGCCAGCAGUCGCACCAGUAGUGGAACUGUUGAGAAGUGGGUUUGUACCAAUACUUCAUGGUGACUGUGUUUUAGAUGAUGUACAAGGAUGUGCUAUUCUUAGCGGAGACAAAAUUAUUGAGGUAAAUGACAGUUUUAUCAAUCAGUCAAUUUCAAGCAUGCAUUCCCCAAGGCAUUUGUCUGGCAGUUUUAUUUUUUCUUCAGUCAAGUGCAAAUUGCAUCGUAACGUGGGCUCCCAAAAUAGUGUGCAAAACCCCACCAAACAAUAGUAUUUUUUAUAACAAUGUUAAAAGUCAUAGUGACCAGCAAAGAAAUAAAAAUUUGAGAUGGUAUCAAUCAACAUUACCACCUCUAAAAACAAAAAAAAUUAGCAAAGUUUAACAUUAAAUUUCUUGACUUGUAACAGAGUGACAAGAAUACUAUCUGCUAGGUUAUGUUCUUUCCAAAAGAGGCACUUAAUAACACAAAAUUUCAAACUGCAGUCUUGAAAAUUUACCUCUAAAUAAAAUUGCAAAUCGUUCUGCUGCACACCUAUUCAGAUAGUUCAGUUUUGGUUGCUUUGUGAAGACAAUCCUAUUUACGUGCUUAUCUAGUCCUUUUCUUCUGAAAUGAAUGUAUUGUGCCUUGGAUGUGCAGAGGCUGGUGUUCACCGCACUAAUAAACUCAAAUCACUUUUCAAGGACGAAUAUCUUUAGUCUCUAAUUUAUGUGAAAUUCUGUUCUGUUGGAAGAACUGACAAUUCCCAAUGCCACCCCCCCCCCCAAACCCCCCCACGCAAACCUUAUGGGCCCCCCCUUUUGGAAAACCCCCCGGAAAAUUUAAAAAUUUCCCCCCGGGGGGAAUCAAGAGGGGGACAUACUUGGAAUUUUCUACAAAGACUUUAACUAUACAAGGGGGGGGCCUUUCAUAGGGUCAUUACAAUAAUAAACUACAAUCACUUUUUAAGGGAGAAUAUUUUUUGUUUUUAAUUUUUGUGAAAUUUUGUUCUGGUGGAAGAACUGAAAAUUCCCAAUUCCCCCCCCCCCCCCCCAACCCCUCCAGGCAGACCUUGAUGGUCACCCAUUAUGGAAACACCCAGCGUAACUUGACAAAUUUCCUACCAGGAGGAAUCAGAGAGUGGACAUGCUUGGAAUUUACUACUAAGACUUUAACUAUACUAGGUGGGGUACUUUCAUAGGGUCAUUUGUCUGAAUACCAAGCUGCAAUUGUGCAUUAUAGAGCAUGUAUGCACUGUGGUUAUGCAUGAAAAUAUUAACACACUUUUAUCGUAUUCUGUAGAGUUUGGUAGAACAUUUGCGUCCAAAAAGGGUAGUAUUUCUGACUGAUGUUGAUGGAAUUUACGACAAACCUCCUGAAAAGGAAGGUGAGUGAUGCAGUUUUUCCACUUGUUGAUAAUAUUAUUUCUUAAUUUUAGACUUUCAACUGUACCAACAAAUCAACUCCUUUUGCCACCAGUAAACGUGAACGACAGAUUCACGAAAGGAGCCGAUUAGUCGCGCGUUUCCGCACUGAACAAAUGACCACCCCGCAAAGGCGAUCUGUUCGUAAUUUAAUCGAAAGUCAUCAUUCAUAUUUUCUUAAUGUUUUGCUUGCCAAGGUUCUCGCAAUGGUACUCUGUUAAACUGAGUACCUUAUUCAAUCACAAAUCAGCAUAAUCCUCUACCAUGUUUACUAGCCCACCUCCUCUUUUAUAACUUUCUAACUGGCCCCACUCAUCAUCCCCUACCCCACUUUUAAUUUGUCUCUGUUAUUAAUUUUGUAGAUGCUAAUUUGGUACGGAAAGUUUUCGUGAAGCCUGACGGGAAGUUAUCGGUUGCCAUAGCAACGUCGAUUCUGAAACACGACGUCACCGGUGGUGUCCUCGAGAAACUGCAAACGGCGACGAAUAUAAUUCAUAUUUCCGAGGGAAACACUCGCGUUUUUGUCGCAAACAUUACAUCAGAGGUUGCGGCAUAUUCUGCGUGUGUUCUGGGUAUUCUGGAGGGAAGUGGAACCGAGAUUACAGAGGAAAGGGCUUAA